UCUUUAACUUAUGUGACUAUCAGAGGAGGGGUAUAAAAUGGAGAAAAUUUUGAUGUUCUGUCCGCAGCAAAGAGGACGUUUAAAGGCUGUAAAGAUGCAUGGUUUCUUUGCAAUCUGCUCUCUCGCGGCACUGCUGCUGGCUACUUGCCUGGCUGCCCCCCCCCACCACCACCACCACCAAGGAGAAGACAUGACUUGCCACGAGCUGUCCUCUCCCAAUGCCGAUUUUGGCUUUGCCUUUUACAAAACCCUAAGAGCCAAAAUGGGCGCUACGGAGAACAUUUUCUUCUCUCCAAUGGGCAUCUCCACCGCCCUGUCCCUAUUGUCCACAGGGGCAAAAGGUGAAACCCACAAACAGCUGUUUUCCACCCUGGGCUACAGUGGCCAAGAGCAGGACAAGAUCAACCAAGCAUACAAGCAUCUUUUCCAUAUGCUCGGCCACAAUCAAGAAAACCAGCACCUGGAAGUCACCAAUGCGGUGGCAAUCGACGACAACUUCAAUCCCCGUGACACCUUCAUGAAAAACGCCAAGGAAUUCUACUCCGCUGAGGUCCUCAAGGUUGACUUUGCCAAAACAGAAGAGGCAGCGGCUAUAAUCAACGCUUACAUAGCCAACCAAACCCAUAACGUGAUUAAAGACCAUGUGAAGGAUUUGAAUGAAGCCCUAACGAUGAUGCUGGUCAACACUGUCUACUUCAAAGGAGAGUGGGAUAAAACCUUCAACAAAUCAUUUACACAGAAGGCUGACUUCCAAGUGGACGAGAAAACCAAAGUGGAAGUGGACAUGAUGAAGAGGACGGGUCGCUACGACAUGUAUGAAGACGACGACAAUGGCACCACCAUCCUCAUGCUGCCAUACAAGAGCAACACCUCCAUGAUGAUCGUGCUGCCCCAUGAGGGAAAGAUGAAGGAUGUGGAGGGCUUCAUCAACAAGGAUUACAUUAAGCACUGGCAUGAUUCUAUUUAUAGACAAUCUGUGAACGUAUUCCUGCCCAAAUUUUCCAUUUCUUCUAAAGCCGUAAUGGACACCGUAUUGAAAGAAAUGGGAAUAACUUCUGCUUUUGAAGACACCGCCGAUUUCUCCGGCAUUUCUGAUACCCCGCUUAAGCUAUCGAAGGCAUCCCACGAGGCUGUUCUGAACGUUGACGAAACAGGAACUGAGGCAGUAGCCGUCACUACUCUGGAGGUUAUGCCAAUGAGUAUGCCUAUGGUGAUUAAAAUGGAUAGACCCUUCUUGGUCUUGAUCGUGGAGGAUUCUACCCGCAGCAUACUUUUCAUGGGCAAGAUCUCUAACCCCACAGCCAAGUAAAUAGAGAGUUCUGUAAAUUUCACUUUUUUCUAACCUCAAAAAGUCCUGUCUUGUCCUUUGACCUUUGGUCAAGUGAAGAGAACUACAAUCACUAGAUCCAAGAUACAGGAUUACACAAAUGUGUCUUUCAGUCUUGCCAGAAGGUCAUGAAGUUACCAGAACCAAGCCAAAUGUCUAAUUGUCCGAACUAAAAACAAUUGGCGAAAAAAUCAGCCAUAUUUUGUUGGUGCUGUGUGAGCAUUGUUCAACUUGACGAAAUAAAGAUGUUGAACAAUUC